AUGGCGUCAAACAAAAACAAGCUUGCAUUCCUGUCAAUGCCGGCCCCGGCAUCGUAUGUCGCUGGUCUCGGUCGAGGCGCCUCUGGAUUCACGACUCGUUCAGAUAUCGGACCUGCCAGAGAGGGUCCAUCUGCAGAAGUUAUUGCCGAGGCCCAAGCUAGGCGCGGUGAGGAGCCCGAAAUUGAUCCAGAACAAUUCCAAGACCCCGACAAUGAAUAUGGCCUAUUUGCUGGUACAACUUAUGAACAAGAUGAUGAGGAAGCCGACAAAAUAUAUGAUGAUGUUGAUCAGAAGAUGGACUCACGGCGUCGGGCACGUAGGGAGGCGAGAGAGAACGCAGAGCUUGCAAAGCACCGAGCUGAGCGCCCCAAGAUUCAGCAACAAUUCGCCGACUUGAAGCGUGGUUUGUCCGUCGUCACCGACCAGGAGUGGGAGAGCAUACCAGAAGUGGGUAAUCUUACCAGGAAGAAGCGGCGAAAAGACGAGAGGACUUUUGUCGUUCCUGACAGCAUCAUCGUCGGUGACCGAUCCAAGUCUGAAUAUGAGAAUUCCUUGGACACUCGACAACAACAAGCCAAUGGCCUUGAGACUCCUGCUGACACAGGUACCAUGACCAAUUUUGUUGAAAUCGGUCAAGCUCGUGAUAAGAUCUUGUCCUUGAAGCUCGAUCAAAUUUCUGGGACAGCCACUACUUCUGGCUCUGCUACCUCUGUUGAUCCCAAGGGCUACCUCACAUCACUCAAUAGCGUCGUUCUCAAGACUGAAGCUGAAAUUGGCGACAUCAAGCGUGCCCGCAUGCUGUUUGACUCGCUCGUCAAGUCAAAUCCCAAACACGCCCCUGGUUGGAUUGCAGCUGCAUGUCUGGAAGAACACGCUGGUCGUAUGGUUGCUGCAAGGAAACUCAUAAAAGCAGGUUGCGAACAGUGUCCUAAGAGCGACGACGUAUGGCUUGAGGCCGCAAGGUUACAUAAUAAUGACGAUGCAAAAGUCAUUCUUGCCAACGCUGUUCAACAUGUCGGUCAGAGCGUCAAGAUUUGGCUUGCAGCGGCCGACCUUGAACAAGAUGCUAAAUCGAAGAAACGCGUCUUGCGUAAAGCACUCGAGAAUAUUCCCAACUCCGUUCGGCUAUGGAAGGAAACCGUCAAUCUCGAAGAAUCAGCUACUGACGCUCGCAUACUCCUCUCCCGCGCCGUGGAGGUGAUUCCACUUUCCGUCGAGCUCUGGCUCGCUCUUGCCCGUCUCGAAACCCCUGAACGCGCCAAAGCUGUCCUUAACAAAGCUCGCAAGUCUGUUCCUACGUCACACGAGAUCUGGAUUGCUGCUGGCCGCCUACUUGAGCAAGGGGCUAUGGGCGACCCAGACAAGUCCACAGAAACCAAAAACAAGGCACUCGAUCUGGUGGACAGGACCAUCGAGCUUGGUGUUCGGGAGCUCCGGCGGCACCAGGUGCUACUCACGCGCGAGCAGUGGCUCAAGGAGGCGGAGAGGUGUGAGAGCGACGGCAGCCCGCGGACAUGCGAGGCAAUCAUUAAGGCUACAGUGAGUAUGGAGGUCGAGGAGGAAGACAGGCUAGAUACAUGGGUUAGCGAUGCGGAGAGCGCAGAGGCGAGGGGCAUGGUCGGGACUGCGAGGGCCGUGCUUGCGUAUGCGCUCAAAGUCUUUCCGGAUCAGCGGAAUCUGUGGAGAAAGGCUGCAGAUUUGGAGAAGGCGCACGGCACCAAGGAAUCGCUCGAUGGAGUGCUCUCUCAGGCAGUGCACUAUUGCCCUCAGGCAGAAGUUCUCUGGCUUAUGUCAGCCAAAGAGAAGUGGCUGGCUGGAGACGUGCCAGCGGCACGCGAGGUCCUCGAAAAAGCUUUUAUCGCCAAUCCCGAAAGCGAGCAAAUCUGGCUUGCCGCGGUCAAGCUCGAGGCUGAAAAUGGUGAGCUGGGUGUCGCAAGGGAGCUACUCGUGCGUGCACGGACAGUUGCAGAUACUGAGCGGAUCUGGAUGAAAUCUGCUGUAUUCGAGCGCCAGCAAGGGCAGUAUGCUGCAGCGCUUGAAACCGUCUCCACCGCCCUAUCUAAAUUCCCAAAGUUUGCCAAACUAUACAUGAUUCAAGGCCAGAUCCGUCAGAUGGAAAAGAAUUACUCCGCUGCGCGUGCCUCGUAUGCUGCUGGCCUUAAAGCUUGCCCGAAGGAGAUUACGUUAUGGGUGCUUGCGAGCAAGCUGGAGGAGCUUGAUGGAAGGAGCAUCAAAGCUCGCGCAUUGCUAGAGAAGGGACGGCUUGUCAACCCGGCGAACGAGAUUCUGUGGGCAGAGUCUGUUGGUGUGGAAGAGCGAUCCGGUGGAGCUGCACAGGCAAAAGCAAUGCUCGCCCGUGGCCUACAGGAAUGCCCGUCGUCCGGUCUCUUAUGGUCGAUGUCUAUAUGGGCUGAACCACGACCGACCAGAAAAAGCCGCUCUGUCGAUGCACUGAAGAAAAGCAAGGAUAAUCCGCUGAUCACAUGUACAGUUGCGCGCUUGUUCUGGGCAGAAAGGAAGAUUGAGAAGGCGAGACAGUGGUUCUCGAGGAGUGUAGCUACAGAGCAGGAUAAGGAUAUCGGAGACCAUUGGGGAUGGUGGCUCAAGUUCGAGCGCCAGCAUGGCACUCCUGAAUACGUGGAGGAGGUUAUUAGACAGGGCGUCGCCGCUGAACCGCAUCACGGGCCUGCGUGGCAGGUUAUAGCGAAGGAUGACAAGAAUGUUGGGAAGGGCACGAAGGAGCUACUCUCGAUGGUUGCAGAUGCGUUGCAAUGA